AUGCAAGUUGGACAGCUCCCUCCGGGUCCCGAGACAGGAAAUUUCUACAUACCGAUUUGCAAUUUACCAUUCGACACAAGAUGGCAGGCGCUUAAGGAGUGGCUUAGCCGCGACUGUGAAGUCGACUACAUUCAACUCUAUCACCCCACCUCGGGCUGGGUCAGGGUCAAGGGGCCAUACAACUUUUAUCGUGCAUGUGAUCGUUUGAAGGAUGGAGUGUUCAACGGCAGACGCAUCAUCUACGAUGACAGCAACAUGACGAGUGCAAUCGUCGUCAAGGAAGUGCACAAUGACGAGAAUGCGAUUCCAGUGACCAGUAACGUGAGGCCUCGCCAACCAACCCCUGCACCAUUCUCUGUGCAAAUCGACCAUCAACCCGCCCCAUACUCUCACGCAUCCUCAGAAGCGUCAUCGUUUGAACAACAAGUUCCAACGGACCUCGGACACUUUAGCCAGGGGUAUGAUGGCACUCAGAUACAGGGAGCAUGGUGCCCUGAAUACCCUGCGUACGUGUCCAACAGUGGAUUCUUUCCGACCACCGCGGCUCCAACCAACCAACCCAGCCAGGCUGUCUCUGUUGAACAUAGACGAAUCAUAGUUAGACGAAUAGGACACAGCACUCCGGAGGACCAGAUCAAAGCGCUCAUCAAGCAAAGCCUGGCACGGGUUACCCCGGUAAAGGCCGAGCUGCAGAGGAUCGACGUCCCCCGAGGAUCAGGCAGUCAGAACAGAGGACACGCCUUUGCAACAUUUCGAACCGCAGACAUUGCUCGAAGCGUUGCUGAGUCGCUCAACGGCAAAACUUGGAACUCCCGUCGGCUCGAGGCGCGUCUUACUACAGAAGGUGUCGCAGAGGAGCAGACGAGCCGCGCGUCUCUAACGCCGACCUCGAGUUCGAGUUCGCGGCAGAAGAAAUGCGAUAACUCCAAAAAGAAGACAAGCGAAAAGGCGCGUGCGCCGGCUUCCUCAGGGUCUGCUAGCCGCCCUCCUGAGCCUUCUUCGUCUCGCUCAUUGCGACAAGGGUCGUCAGGUUCCAGCAGCUUAUCGUCAGCAGAGCCAUCAUCAUCGCGCCAGACGAGGAGCCAGCAGCCAGCAGGGCCGGUGAUUGCAGACGGGACUAGUCGCAGGUCUCGAUCCGAAUCGAAAGAGGGGAGACGAAAAUAA